CUGGGUUGAUUGACUGGACCAGCGGCUGGGUCCACGAUGCCAAGGCUGAGUCACAGUGAGUACGUUCUCCAACAGCUCAACAAUCAGAGGGAGUGGGGCUUUCUGUGCGACUGCUGCAUCAUCAUUAAUGACAUCUACUUCCGAGCUCACCGUGCCGUGCUGACUGCGUGCAGCUCCUAUUUCCGAAUGAUGUUCAUCAGCCAGCAGCAGCUGACGGGGAACCUGAGCCUGAGCAAUGUCAACAUCAGUGCCGAGUGCUUCGACCUCAUCCUGCAGAUCAUGUACCUGGGGAGGCUGGUCGGUGUCCCCUCGGACUUUGAGGAGCUGCGAUCCGCCAUGAUCUUCCUACAGCUCUACUACGUACCCAAGAGCCUGGACGAGCUUCAGCAGCAGAGCGACAGCAAGGCCGCGCUGUCCCCGCCAGCGGCUGUGGCCCAGCAGCCGAGAGGCGCCAUGAUGUUCGGGGUGCGGAUGUACGAGGAGCCGCCGGGGGAGCCAAGCAAGAGGAGGCGGCGGGAACCGAGCCCCGAGGUGAACGGGCUGUGCAACGCCCCCACGGCUCCCCAGCUACCACCCCCGGCCGUUUCCGAGGCCCCAGCCCGGAAGCAGGGUCGCCCGGGCCCAAAGGGCAGGCUUCACCCCCGCUUCGGCAAGCGCUACACGUGCGACUGCUGCGGCUUCGUCUUCAGCUGUGAGAAGCUGCUCAACGAGCAUGCGCUGACCUGCAACAGCCGGCGCGCCCCCGCGCCUUGCGACGGGCCGGAGCACGAGGGCCAGCCCCAAAAGGCGGGUCCCAGCGGGCGGCCCGACUCGGAGGAGCUGCCGACGCCGCCUGAGGGUAACGGCGGCCACCUGGCGGUGAAGACGGAGCCCGAGGACAUGGCGGCCGUCGACCUGCGCGACAUCACCGUGGUGCAGGUGGCGGAUGACGGCGAGCUCGCCUCAGACGAGGAGGAGGAGGAGGAGGAGGAGGCCCUGGCCCCCCUCGAGGGAGCUGGCAAACUCCGCGCCCACUUCCCGGCGGGGGGCAGCGGUGGGCACCGGGCAUUGGAGGGUCACCCCAAGUGGGCCGAGAAGGAGGAGGAGGACGAGGAGGAAGAGGAAGAGGACGAGGAGGAGGAAGAGGAGGAGGAAGGGGGCACCUUGAAGAUGGAGCCACGGGAGGGAGGAGACAGCAGCCCCCUGGGCCCAGCCUGUGAGCUCUGUGGGGUGGCCCUGCCCGAGAGUGAGCGCACUGCCCACUAUGUGGCCCAUCAUGUGGAUAGCGUGUGCGCCUGCGGCAAGUGUGGCAGGCUCCUGGUGAAGGGGGGGCACCUGCAGGACCACGCCGAGCGCUGCCUGGGGGGCAAUGACGUCCUGUACCCCUGGCAGGCCGACGGAGGGCAGCCCGCUCCCCCUUCCAACCCAGCGCUGCCCGGAGACCCGCCCCCGGGCCCACAGCUGGCCAGGUUCACCUGCCACGUGUGCGGGGCCAGCUUCAAGCAGCGGUGCCAGCUGCAGGAGCACAUGUACCGGCACGUCGGCCGCCCCUUCCAGUGCUCGCAGUGCGCCCGGGCCUUCGACCAGGAGAAGCUGUGGGUGGAGCACGUCUCCCACUGCAUGUUCGGCCAGGCACCCCGCGAGACCCCACCGGAGAGGGUGGACAGGCGGAAACAUGUGUGUAACCUCUGCGGCAAAGCCUUUUACCAGCGGUGCCACCUGCGGGAGCACUUCACCACCCACACCAAGGAGAAGGAGUUCGCAUGCCAGAUCUGCGGCAAGGAGUUCCUGCGGGAGCGUCUGCUUCGACUGCACCUGGACAUGCACCGGGGGGAUGCCCGCUAUGUCUGCCCUAGGUGCGGCCAGGGCAGCUACCGCAAGCAUGACCACCUACGGCACAUGGUGUCCCACCUGGUGGGCCAAGAGGUCAUCUGCGAGGUCUGCUUCCAGGUGUUUGGGGAUGGGGAGCUGCUGGAGCGUCACACCGAUGUCCACCUUCACACCUGUACCUUGUGUGGGGACAAGUUCAAACUGAAGAAGGAGCUGACUAUGCACCAUCUGACCAGCCACACCAAAAAGCUGUGAGUGACCAUCCCCUGUCCUCCUCCUCACCUCCUAAAGUAUUCUGCUGGACCUGCUGUAAAUCUGCCUGGAAUCUGUCUUCAGUGGGAUGAUUCCUCUCCCCAACCCCAUCACCUUUUUGGUUGCACUGGUGGAGCCCUCACCCAUGCUAUCCACAGGAGAACUGAUCACAGCACGGCCCGGUGUUCACCAUGUGCCCCGCCCCCCCCCCCCACCACAACCACUUCCCAGAACAUUACGACGGACACUGGAGAAAUUCAGCAGGUCCAGCAGCAAAGAGAUAAACAGAGUUAAUGUUUCAAAGUCUUCAGAAAUGUCCCUCGCUCCAACUGUCACCAUUACUAACUCAAAGUGAGAUCAUAUUUCUCAGGACCGGGGAUACUAUAGGAUGGUUUGACUCAGUAUCACUGAUAUACAAAGGAGGAGCUGACACUGGUGACUUUAAUUCCAUAAUGUAAUGCUCAGAUUUAUCAAGUAUAUCUCACUGAUUAUUAUGUGAAAUUUGGGAACCAAGACCUGGAUGGUGCUUUCUCCAUUGUAAUGGCGAUCGACAAUUUGCACGUGGCUGUAGGAAUGCACUGUAUUUUUGAAAUAAUGUCCACCUUUUCCAUUUCUGAAUGACAGUCUACUUUUAUUUCUCAGUCAGCGAGUGUUCCUGCGAUUCUGUCAAACACUCAGUAACAGGUUUUUGUUGUGCAGCAGCACUGGGAGUGACAACUGACAGAGGGACAUGUGAACCUGAAAUAAAAACAGAAUGCUGGAGAAACUCAGCAGGUCUGGAGAGAGAAACAGAAUUAAUGUUUCAAAUCUGGUAUGACUUUUCUUUAAGUUCUGAAAGUUAAUUCUGUUCUACGCUGACCUACUGAGUUCCUGCAGCAUUCUCUGUGUUUGUUUCAGAUCUCCAGCAUCCACAACACUGCUUUUACAUCUCGACCUGUGUCUAAACAUCAACUGGAGAAGGCCGAAUUGUUCUGUUUGAAGCAGAGACAGUUAAGGGAAGAUUUGAAUGCUGCAUUCCAAAUUACUGUCUAGGUUUCUGACAGGGUAACCAGAAACUGCUUCCAGAGGAAGGAUACAGAGUGGCUGUAAUUAGUAAAAGUAGCAGACAGGAAGCUGAGUCUUAGAUCUCUGUGGCAUGGAAAAAGGCCUUUGGCCUAUCAGCUUGAAUGCCUUGACAUCACAGUUACACAUCUAAACACUUUGUCAAUGUGAUGGGGGUUUCUCCCUCUACCAGCCUUACAGGCAGUGAGUUCCAGAUUCUCACCACUCUUGAGUAUAAAAGUAUUUCCUUAUGUCCCCGGUUGUCAAUCCCUCCAUCAAUGGGAAAAUUUUCUUCGUGUCUACCUUAUCUGUGCCCUUCAUAAUUUUAUACAUCUCAAUCAUGUUCCCCACCUCCCCACUUCCAGGCUCCUGUGCUCCCGGUCUGUCCAAUCACUCUUCAGGCAAUAUCCUGGUAAAUCUCCUUCUGCACCCUCCAGUGCUAUCGCAUCCCUCCUAUAAUGUGGAUUCCAGAACUGCACACAAUGCUCUAGGUGUGGCCUAACCAAAGUUUUUUUUUAACAGUUCUAGCAUAACCUCCCUGCUCUUGAACUCUGUGCCUUGACUAAUAAAGGCAAGUAACCCAUAUGCCACCUUGACCACUUUAUCGACCAGUCCUGCUACCAUAAGGGACUGGUGUACAUGCAAAGCAAGGUCCCUCUGAUCCUCAGUGCAUCACGGUGUCCCACUGGUCGUUCUGUAUUCCCUUGCCUUGUUUGACCUGCAGGAUUGAACAGUGGCUGGUGCUGAUGGAGUAAUCUGACUCUAAUGUCCCAGAGCCAGGUCUGCUGUCCUGGAGCUUCUUGAUUGCAGGGUCUCUUACCAACUUCCUGUGUGUCCCCCCCCCCCCGGUGAUGAUGAGAGGAGCCAUGGGAUCCGAGCACUCACUCCAAGAAUAUAGCAGCAGCUGCUUUCCAGGCAAUUCUUUUACCAGUUCUCUGUGCCUCCCUCCCUCUUCAUCAGCCAUCUCUGUCUUUCACUUGAUUUCUUGGAUGUUGUGUGCUGUCCCUUUCAUCGCCAAUUUUGGACAAUCAGAAGACAACAUUGCUGAUUUAAGGAGUCAGAAUGUUUGCAGGUUGUAACCAGCUGAUUCAUUGGAUCUCGCCUUACAGUAGCAGUACAAAAAAGUCAAUUAUGAAUCGAUGUCCUGUUUAGAGACUGGCGGUAGAGUAUUUUUUAUUCCAUUUUUAAUAAAAUGUUCAGUACGUAUGCAGCAACACUAA